GAUUACAGAACACUGUAGAGUCAGUAACAUAUCAGUGUAGUGCUUUAAGAGUGUGUGUGGGGGUUACUGGGUUCAACUAUUUGAUUCUACAUAAAAAAGAGGGAGAGAGGUGGAACCAUCAAUUGGGUCUUUGCUACUCUCUGAAUUCUGAGCCUUUUCAAAAGCAUUCCUCUUUUUUCUUUUAGGUUUAGGAUGAUAUGGCUCUCUGAAUGUACAUGAAGUGAUAAGAUAAGAACGCUAUGGAUAUUUCAGACUACACAAGGAUUAUCUUUGAUAAAAUUAAGAAAUUCGAGCCGGAGCAUGUUUCCAAGAUAGUUGGAUAUCUCCUUUUGCAAGACCAUAGUGAGCAAGAAAUGGCUAAAUUGGCUUCAUGCCCUGACCAUUUCAUCCGUGAAGUGGCAUUUAAGGCCAAAACUGAUCUUCAAAGGUUAGCUGCUAAAUCAGCCAUGCUUGCAAUUUCACCUCCUGUCAACCCUCAACAAGGUUUAAGCCAUUUAUCAGUGAUCUCACCCAGAACUCCUACUUCACCACCAAGCUUCCAGGUUCCCUCUUCCUAUUGGGAUCCACAGUCUGCUAGCAAUACCAAUUUAGAAUUUAUGGCAAUGAAUAACUUGGGUUCUAUCACAGAACUUCAGAAGCAGACACAACUGUUCAGUUUGGAAAAUCAUAUAGAUCCUGUAAAUGCUGUAACUGGAGGGAUUGCUCAUGAUUAUUAUGGCUUAGAUGCUUCUGCAGUCAAUUUGGGUGGAAAAACUGGUAGAAGAUUUUCUGGCAUAUCCGAAUUUCCCUUAAAGAUCUGUCACUAUUUCAACAAAGGAUUCUGUAAGCAUGGAGCUAGCUGUAGAUACUAUCAUGGGCAAGUUUUCCCUGAGAUGUAUGGAAAUGAUGCUAAUAACGAGGAUCAGGUGGUUUCGCCCGGGUCAUUAGCACAGUUAGAGUCAGAAAUUGUUGAGCUCCUAAAAACAAAAAGAGGCAAUCCAAUUUCAAUUGCUUCCCUUCCAAUGGCAUACUAUGAUAAAUAUAAAAAGGUACUGCAAGCAGAUGGUUAUUUAACUGAGAGCCAGAGACAUGGUAAGUCUGGCUAUAGUUUGACAAAGCUUCUUGCGCGAUUAAAAAAUAGUAUUCGGCUAAUAGACAGACCUCAUGGGCAGCAUGCAGUAGUUCUGGUAGAAGAUGCUCCACAAUACAUGCAGAGUGGAGAUUUUGCUCACAAUAUUAGUGCAUCACGACAAAUAUAUUUGACAUUUCCAGCUGACAGCACUUUCACAGAGGAAGAUGUCUCAAACUACUUUAGCACAUUUGGGUGCGUAGAAGAUGUUAGGAUUCCAUGCCAGCAGAGAAGGAUGUUUGGAUUUGUGACUUUUGUUGAUUCAGAUACUGUUAAGGUGAUUUUGGAGAAGGGGAAUCCCCAUUAUGUUCGUGGGUCUAGGGUGCUUGUGAAACCUUACCGGGAGAAGGCAAAGGUUAUUGAAAGGAAGUACCCAGAUGGACUUGAGCCUGUUUAUUAUUCACCACACUAUGGAGAUGUGGACUAUGAACUUAAUUCAAUUCCUAGAAGUUGGGGGAACCCUAGAUCUCUAAGGAGACAGCUGAUUGAAGAGCAUGAGCAAGCCCUUGAAUUGCAGAGGAGCCGUCUUGCAGAGCUGCAAUUUGGCCAAAAACCUUUUGGCUUCUCCAUGGAUGGGUUGAGCGUUUCAGAUGAUCAAUUCAAUUUUCAACCUGCAGAAUCUUUCAGCUAUGAGCUGAAUGACAAACCCAGGCAUACUACAGACACCAACUUUUCUGAUGAUAACAGCGGUCAAGUACUCGAUCUCCCAGACAGUCCAUUUUCAUUUCUCCAAUAGAAAGUGGGAUUCAGGCAGUCAUAGUUUCCGAAACACACACAGGAGAAAUAUAGAGUUAAAACAGACACAGGUUAAAGGCAGCAACUUUCUUUUGAUACAUAAUACGGUUGAACUAUUUUCUCAGCUAGCUCAGCAGUUUAGUUAAAGUCUGACAAGUAAAUACAAGUUGAAGAAGAGACCUUGGAAGAAUUUUCUCUUACUGGAAUUGGUUGGAAUUAGUUAAAUGAUACAUGUAAGAAAAUUAUAGUUUUAAUUACAGAAGGGUGACAAAAGGUUUGGUUUUUAGAAGAUAUGUAGUUUGGAAGUUUUAUGAAGUCAU